AUGUUUGAAUCACUGUCAGAUCCCCACAAGCGACGAGGGCCCAUCUUUGCCAUCUUGUGGUUUGUCUGGGUUUUUGUGGGAACCAUUUUCUUCGCUCUGGCUCCCCAGUCUGACUUGGGAUGGGUCAAGGGUUUCUACAUGGCAAUCAAUGUGGGAUAUUCCAUUGGAUUUGGGUACCCCGCAGAAACCAACCUGAAUUACCUCUACUUUUCCAGUUUCUAUGUCUUGGUGGGGUCGAGUUUUGUGGCAGUCGCCUUGGGUUUCUUUGCUGACAAGAUUAGUGAAGAUCAUGACAAUUGGUUCACCAACUUGAUCCAACAGAAAGACUAUGAGGAGGCAUUCAAAGGGGGAGGAAGCUUCGCAAGUAAGACCGGUGCAAUCUUUGAUUUCUACGCUCCCACGGUUCGGGCGGUGUCAGUGUGGCUGAUUGCCUUGGGGAUCAUGAUAUCCUACAGCAUGCUGGAAAUUGGAUGGUCCUAUGCAGAGGCACAAUAUUUUGCCAUUGGUACACUCAGUACAGGAGGAUUGUGGCGGAUUCCUGAUGACAGCUCAAGCUGGAUGUUUGGCGUCACAGGCGUCUUUGCCAUGCUUGGAGUACCCAUUUUUGCAGUGGCUGCAUCAGAGGUUGCCAGAGGGCUCAUGGACAAGGGGGAUUUGGAAGCCACCAAAGGGUCUGUCAAUGAACCCGUCACAGCCGAAGAAUUGAUCAUGCUGCAAAAUUUUGGAUUGGAGAAUGGUGAUGGGGAGAUUGAUCGAGCAGAAUUCAUCAUUUUGUGCAUGGUUCGAAUGGGGACCGACCCAAGCUUGAUAGAAUUCAUAUCACAUCGAUUCCACCAACUAGAUGAGGAUGGAGGAGGAACACUCUCCAUCUUGGAAAUUACAGCUGGGAAAUAUGAAUUCAUUGAUGGGCAAAUAAAGGCUGUGAUACCUGACGGCAGACCCAAGAGCAAUAUUGUAUAG